AUGACUCCACUCCUCACACGUGUGGGGUUGGAGAUGGUAUUGGAAAUCUUAACGCGGACCGCAACGAAUGGAAGAACUUCUUCUCUGCGAUCAAAGCUGUCUACGGUCCGCCGACGAAGGGCACCGCUCCUCUCCUCAGCGCCGACGGCAACACUCUCCUGACUGAGAAAACGUAAAUCCUGCAGCGAUGGGCCGAGCAUUUCCGAGGCGUCCUCAACCGCCCCUCCGUCAUCUCCGACGCCGCCAUCGAGCGUUUGCCGCAAGUGGAGACCAACGUGGACCUCGACCUCCCGCCAUCCCUCCAGGAGACCAUCAGGGCCGUGCAGCAGCUCUCCAGCGGGAAAGCACCCGGAUCGGACGCGAUCCCUGCUGAGGUCUACAAGCACGGAGGUCCCCAACUCAUGGAUCACCUGACUGCUCUCUUCCAAGAAAUGUGGCGUCAAGGUGAAGUCCCGCAAGAUUUCAAAGACGCAAGCAUCGUGCAUCUCUACAAGCGCAAAAGGGAAUUGCCAAGUCUGCGACAAUCACCGCGGCAUCUCCCUGCUGAACAUCGCCGGGAAGAUCUUCGCACGAAUCCUCCUCAACCGCCUCAAUAA